AUGGGCGUGGCCAUGGUUCUACUCCUCCUGAUAGCCAUCCCCCUAUUGGUUCACACCAUGAAAGGGGGAGAAGCUAGCCAAGGAAGUGGCGGUGAGGGGACCCAUUAUGAGAUGCUGGGGAGCUGCAGAAUGGUCUGCGACACAUAUAGUACUGCCCAACCAGGCCAGGAGCUGACAGCCAUGUCCCCUCAACCGGAAUACCCCGGGCGGAAGAAAACGGGGUACCGCGGGGUCCCUGGGAUCCCUGGUCCUCCAGGCGCCCGAGGACCCCCUGGGGAAUCAGGCAAGCCAGGGCCACAGGGGCCUCCCGGCCCUGGACCUAACGGUUACUCCCCCUCCUACAGCCCCAAAAUCGCCUUUUAUGCAGGGCUAAGGAAACAGCACGAGGGCAGCGAGGUGUUGAAGUUUGAUGAUGUGGUAACCAAUGUAGGGAACUACUAUGAGCCAAGUACUGGGAAGUUCACCUGUCCUCUACCUGGUAUCUACUUCUUCACCUACCAUGUUCUGAUGAGGGGCGGAGAUGGGACCAGCAUGUGGGCUGACCUGAAGAAGAACGGACAGGUGAGGGCCAGUGCCAUCGCCCAGGAUGCGGACCAGAACUAUGACUAUGCGUCUAACAGUGUGAUCCUGCAUCUAGACGUGGGGGACGAGGUGUGUGUACAGCUGGACGGGGGGAAGGUCCAUGGAGGAAACACCAACAAAUACAGCACCUUCUCUGGGUUCCUCAUCUACCCUGACUGACUGAAUUGACCAACUUGACCGACUGGACUGACUGACCUUCACAACUUUAAAAAGACAAGAGAGGCUGUGGGCGGACUGCAGGAGCUGAAGUCAACACAGACAGAUGCAGACAAACACACAUAUACUCAUAUACACACAUAUACACACACAAACAGUACACACAAACAUACAUAAAAAACGUGCAUACAUACAGUGCCAGUCAAAAGUUUGGACACACCUACUCAUUCAAGGGUUUUUCUUUAUUUGUACUAUUUUCUAAAUUGUAGAAUAAUAGUGAGACAUGAAAAU